AUGGCUCGCGACGAUAUGGGCCCGCCGGCCAAAAGGCAAAAAAACGACUCGCACCUCCCACACCAGAUACGAGAUGCCAGGCGCAAGGAAAAUGACGACUGGGAGACGAACCGCAUGCUCACAUCGGGUAUCGCGCAAAGACGGAACAUGGAGAGUGACUUCAUGCCCGACGAUGAAGAGGCAACUCGAGUUCACCUGCUAGUUCACGACCUUCGACCCCCAUUCCUCGAUGGCCGUACUAUUUUCACCCAGCAGCUGGAACCUAUAUCCGCUGUUCGAGACCCGCAGAGUGACAUGGCGGUGUUUAGUCGGAAGGGAAGUAAGGUAGUUCGGGAACGCCGACAGCAGCGCGAACGACAAAAGCAGGCCCAGGAAGCUACGAACAUGGCCGGUACAGCUUUGGGAAACCUGAUGGGCGUCAAGGAAGACGAGGGCGAUAGUGCUGUUGCCAUGCCCGUGGAGGAGGUCUACAAGGGUGGAGGAAACAAAUUCGCAAAGCAUCUGAAGAAAGAGAAGGGGGGUGCUAGCUCGUUCAGCAAGAGCAAGACUCUGCGCGAGCAACGAGAGUACCUCCCCGCAUUUGCAGUGCGCGAGGAUCUCCUGCGAGUAAUUCGGGAUAACCAGGUUGUUAUUGUGGUUGGUGAAACUGGAUCUGGAAAGACUACGCAGUUAACACAAUUCCUUCACGAGGACGGUUAUUCGAAGUUUGGCAUGAUUGGUUGCACGCAGCCUCGUCGCGUGGCGGCUAUGAGUGUCGCUAAACGUGUUAGCGAGGAAAUGGAGGUUGAUCUUGGUGGACUCGUUGGAUAUGCCAUUCGCUUUGAGGACUGCACCAGUGACCAAACAAUGAUUAAAUAUAUGACGGACGGUGUGCUCUUGCGAGAGUCCUUAACCCAGUCGGAUCUUGAUAAAUAUUCGUGCAUUAUCAUGGACGAGGCUCACGAGCGUGCGUUGAAUACCGACGUCUUGAUGGGGCUUUUGAAAAAGGUUUUGGUUCGGCGCAGAGACCUCAAGCUGAUUGUGACAUCCGCUACCAUGAAUGCAGAACGGUUUUCGCGUUUCUACGGUGGAGCACCCGAAUUUAUUAUCCCCGGACGAACUUUCCCAGUCGAUACCCACUUCUCACGCACGCCCUGUGAGGAUUACGUUGAUAGUGCAGUCAAGCAGGUCUUGGCCAUCCACGUUUCCCAGGGCCAAGGUGAUAUCCUGGUUUUCAUGACAGGUCAAGAGGAUAUUGAAGCAACGUGUGAACUGGUCGAGGAGCGGUUAAAGCUACUGAAUGAUCCCCCGCCGCUCAGUAUCCUGCCUAUAUACAGUCAGAUGCCAGCAGAGCAACAGGCAAGAAUCUUCGAGAGGGCGGAGGCGGGAGUUCGCAAGGUGAUUGUGGCCACAAACAUUGCGGAGACUAGUUUGACAGUCGAUGGUAUCAUGUUUGUAGUGGAUUCGGGAUACUCGAAGCUCAAGGUGUAUAAUCCACGUAUGGGUAUGGACACCCUACAGAUUACACCAAUCUCCCAAGCCAAUGCAAACCAGCGAUCUGGACGAGCUGGGCGAACAGGCCCAGGAAAAGCGUACCGCUUGUACACUGAAACCGCAUACAAGAACGAGCUGUACAUUGCGACAAUUCCUGAGAUCCAACGCACAAGCCUUUCCAACACUGUGCUGUUGUUGAAGUCGCUAGGAGUCAAGGAUCUUCUAGAUUUUGACUUCAUGGACCCUCCGCCACAAGAAACAAUUUCCACAUCUCUUUUCGAGCUUUGGUCCCUCGGGGCCCUAGAUAACCUGGGCGAUUUGACCCAUUUAGGUCGUCGUAUGACGCCGUUCCCUAUGGACCCUCCUCUUGCCAAGCUUCUCAUCAUGUCCUCGGAAGAAUACGGCUGUAGUGAGGAGAUGCUGACCAUUGUCUCUAUGCUUUCGGUCCCAAAUGUCUUCUAUCGUCCAAAGGAGCGACAGGAGGAGUCCGACUCUGCCCGUGAGAAGUUCUUUGUUCCAGAGUCAGACCAUCUUACCCUGCUUCAUGUCUACACACAGUGGAAGUCGAACGGCUUUUCUGAUGGAUGGUGUGUCAGACACUUUCUCCACGGGAAAACGCUCCGACGUGCAAAGGAAGUCCGCGACCAAUUAUACGAUAUCAUGAUACAGCAAAAGAUGACUCUUGUCAGCUGUGGGACAGACUGGGAUGUCAUCCGAAAAUGUAUCUGUUCAGGCUUCUACCACCAAGCCGCGCGCGUGAAGGGUAUCGGAGAGUUCAUUAACCUCCGUACCAGCGUGACCAUGGCGUUGCACCCGACGAGUGCUCUGUACGGUCUUGGUUAUGUUCCAGAGUACGUCGUCUACCACGAGUUGAUCUUGACCGCCAAGGAGUACAUGUCCACUGUAACAGCUGUGGACCCACAUUGGCUCGCUGAACUCGGUGGUGUCUUUUACUCCGUCAAGGAGAAGGGUUACUCUCAGCGUGACCGACGGGUCACUGAGCUGGAAUUCAACAAGCGAAUGGAAAUCGAAGAACAGAUGGCGAAGGAUCGUGAGCGCGCCGCUGCUCAGAAGAAGCGUGAAGAGGAACGUAAUGAUCCCACUCGACGCAGAGGGGAGAUCGAAGCCGGUGGAAAAACCGCCGUGCGACGCCCAGUCGUUAAGAAACCUGGAAAGGCCGGAGGUCUCGUUUCCUCAUCCUCAUCAUCGUCUCGGCCUGGCGCCAAUGGUGGAGGUUCUGGGGGCAGUGUUGUGAAAAAGCCUCAAAUUCCCAGAAGACCAGGUCGGACGUUCUAG